GUAUCCCUCCCAAAUUCAACCAGACUGAUAUUUUGGCUGAAUUUGAACUUCUUCAACAACAGCUGUCCACUGUUCCCGCGAAAUCGGAGUUGGCGGCGGCAACCUGCCGAGCUUCCUUGGCUGCCGAGGCGUUCCGGUUUGCCCAGUCUCCGCCAGAUACACGAUCCUUUUCACUGACGCGGGAACAUAUAAAAGUUCUCAAGGAACUUAGGAAGAACCCUGAAAUCGUGAUAUCUCGCCCUGACAAGGGCCGGGCAACGGUGAUUAUGUCGGCAGUGGAGUAUAGAGCGAAGAUGAUGGUCAUACUCAAUGACACCACUAAGUUCUGUAGACUCGGCCCGUGCGAUGGUUAUGAUCACACUGCAAACAUAGAUACGAAAUUAAGUAAAUACCUACUGUUUCUAUCUAGAUCUCAUCAGAUUACUCAAUAUGAACAUGACCGGCUAGCACCAACGGGAUCCACUCGGCCACGGAUGUAUGGCCUGCCGAAAAUUCACAAAAAGAAUAUACCAUUACGACCGAUACUAAGCAUGUCCGGUUCUCCGCAAUUUAAGAUAUCCAAGUGGUUGUGCGCAAUGCUGCAGACUGUGCUCGCCCUUUACAAUAACCAUUGCGUCAAGGACACAUUCGAGUUCGUAGAUAACAUCAGGAAAUCGAAGUUUGAGUCGUGUGGUUACAUGUGCUCGUACGAUGUCGUCAGUUUGUUCACCAAUGUUCCAUUGCGUGAAACCAUUGAUAUUUGUGCAGCAGCGUUGUACCAUAACAAGUCCGUGACUCCACCAGAUUUGAAUGAGAGCGAAUUUGUCAAAAUGAUGUUAAUGGUCACUUCUGGUGUUGAGUUUUCCUUUGACAAUGUCAUGUAUAAACAGUUGGAUGGAGUUGCGAUGGGAUCUCCACUUGGUCCGCAGGCAACCAAACAGCUUGCCAUUGGCAUCAAGGAGUGUGAUGCCAUGUCAGUUGUCGCAGCUAGUGAGGUCACCCUUGUUGGUUAUGGGUAUUAUCUCAGCAUUCACCCAAUCUUGCGAUACUACGCCCUUCUGCCAAACCGCGGCAACGAGCUUAAACAGAUUGGCAUCGAAUAG